GAAGCAAUGCUUGGUCGAGGAGUUUUUCAACGACAAGUCGUUCAUGGACCCACUAUAUGAGCACUAUUUAAGGCUUUGGAUCUCUUUUUCGGCAGAUAUAUAAUAAUACACAUUCUUGGAUGUCACUUUCUUGCUUUGUGGACUCGAUUUUUGAAUUUUCCAAAGCCAUAAUUUUGGAUUUUUCUUGUUGGGCGGAAAAGUUCUUGGACUCAAACCUUCGGUACAACCUAUUUCUACAGGCCGAAGCCAUGAAUUGAUUAUUAAUAAAAUAAAAUUAAAAAAAAAAAAACCGUAAACAAUUUUUAAAAGAAGUACGCUAGACUAGUAUACUUUAAAUUGUAUCUAGCAUUACUCAAAUACUAUGCAACAAUUAUAGUUUCAAAUUCUACACCAAACAUCUACCAACGCAUCUAUAAACAUGGCUUACAUGAAUGGCUUGCUCUUCAACUAAACGAUUACUCAAAUAUACAAGAAGUUGCACGCUUCAUGUCCCAGCCUUUUAUGAAAUUGUAAUAACCUUUAUCAUGCUCAUAAAAAAUUGGUUGUGGCAUAUUUAAACAAUUGGUCCCUUCAAGCUUGUUUUGAUGGUUCAAGCAUGCCGUUGAACUGUAUAUAUGUGGUAGUCAUAUGCUUGAUUCGCUGCAAUUCUACAAACAUACUUAUCAACAUAUCCUUUGAAGGAGCCAGGAAGAGAUGGGAAGUGAGGAUGUUGCUCGAGGAGGUUCUACAAAGUGGGCAAACCCAGGCAAAGCUACGAUUUUGGCUCUUGGCAAGGCAUUCCCUCACCAACUUGUCAUGCAAGAUUAUCUCGUUGAUGGGUAUUUCAGAGACACCAACUGUGACGAUCCGGUCCUCAAACAGAAGCUUACUCGACUCUGCAAGACAACGACAGUCCAAACGAGGUAUGUGGUAAUGUCAGAAGAGAUACUAAAGAAGUACCCGGAGCUUGCUGUCGAAGGCUUACCCACUGUAAAGCAAAGGCUAGAUAUCUGUAAUGAUGCAGUCACAAGAAUGGCUAUUGAAGCUUCACAAGCUUGCCUCAAGAAUUGGGGCAGACCUAUUUCAGAUAUAACCCACUUAGUCUAUGUGUCGUCAAGCGAAGCUCGGCUACCUGGUGGGGACCUUUACCUAGCAAAAGGACUUGGACUUAGUCCUGACACUCAAAGGGUCAUGCUCUAUUUUGUGGGUUGCUCUGGAGGGGUUGCUGGCCUCCGAGUCGCAAAAGACAUAGCUGAAAACAAUCCUGGGAGCCGAGUUUUGCUUGCAACUUCUGAAACCACCAUUAUUGGGUACAAGCCGCCGAGUGCAGAGAGACCAUAUGAUCUGGUUGGUGUUGCACUCUUUGGGGAUGGUGCUGGAGCCAUGUUAAUUGGCUCAGACCCAGUUUUAGGCUAUGAAAAGCCUCUCUUUGAACUGCAUACAGCAAUCCAGCAAUUCCUCCCAGACACCGAGAAGACAAUUGAUGGACGGCUAACAGAAGAGGGGAUUAGCUUCAAGCUAGCAAGGGAGCUUCCUCAGAUAAUAGAAGAUAACAUUGAAGGAUUCUGUAAGAAGUUGAUCAAAGUUGUUGGGUUUCCUGACCAGGAAUACAAUAAGAUGUUUUGGGCGGUCCAUCCGGGUGGGCCUGCAAUCUUGAAUCGCAUGGAAAAGCGGCUUGAAUUGUUACCAGAGAAGCUAAAUGCAAGCAGACGAGCUCUAAUGGAUUAUGGCAAUGCUAGCAGUAACACGAUUGUGUAUGUGCUAGAGUACAUGAUAGAAGAGAACCUCAAGAUUAAGAAGGAAAAUCAAGGAGAUAAUGAAUGGGGCCUGAUACUGGCUUUCGGACCUGGGAUUUCCUUUGAGGGAAUUCUAGCUAGGAACCUCACUGACUGAGAAUAUUACCGUGCUCCAACAUCACUGAAACUUCCAUUGCAACAAGACAUUGUAUUCCAUAAUCUAUAGGUCCAUACCAUCAGGCCUAAUAAGGUCUGUGAUGCAAUUUGCUACUUAGUCUCAAGAAUUGAGCUUCUAAUGGAAUUUAGCCUAAUAUCCUCUAAAGAAAUCAAAAUGAUUCUGAAA